AUGCCACGUCCGCAUCACAAUGUCCGCGUCACCACCAUGGACGCAGAACUGGAGUUUGCCAUCCAGGCAAGCACGACUGGCAAACAGCUGUUUGAUCAGGUGGUGAAGACCUGUGGUCUGCGAGAGAUCUGGUUCUUCGGCCUCCAGUACACAGACAGCAAAGGUUAUGUCACCUGGCUCAAGCUCAACAAAAAGGUCAUGAGCCAAGACCUCAAGAAAGAGGUUCCUUUUCAGUUCAAAUUCCGUGCUAAAUUCUUCCCUGAAGAUGUCUGUGAGGAGCUGAUUCAAGAGAUUACUCAGAAAAUGUUCUUCCUUCAAGUGAAAGAAGCCAUCCUCUCAGAUGAGAUCUACUGUCCUCCUGAAACUGCUGUACUGCUAGCUUCCUAUGCCUGCCAGGCCAAGUAUGGGGAUCUUACAGAUGACAAUCCCAAACCUGGCGCUCUGGCCAACGACCGACUACUUCCACAAAGAGUUUAUGAUCAACACAAAUUACCAAAAGAGGAGUGGGAAGAAAAGAUAAAAUGCUGGCAUGCAGAGCACAAAGGCAUGCUCAGAGAGGAUGCGGCCCUAGAGUACCUGAAGAUAGCACAAGACUUGGAGAUGUAUGGUGUCAACUAUUUUGAAAUUAAGAAUAAAAAGGGAACAGAAUUACUGUUGGGUGUGGAUGCUCUGGGUCUCAAUGUGUACAAUAAAGAUGACAAGCUGACACCAAAAAUAGGAUUCCCCUGGAGUGAGAUUCGAAAUAUAUCGUUUAAUGACAAGAAAUUUGUCAUCAAGCCUAUAGAAAAGAAAUCUCCCAUGUCCCGUUUGCGCAUGGAGCAGAUGGAAUCUGACAAAAUCAGAAAGGAUUUGGAAGAAAAAGUCAAAAUCAUGGAGGAAGAACAGAGGAAAAAACAGAAAGAACUGGAGGAUCUACAGUUGCUGAUCCAGGAGCGAGAGGCUAAAGAGUCAGAACUCUACAAACUGAAGCUUGAUCUGGAUGCCGAGAAAGAGCGUGCAGAGAGGCUGCAACGGGAAGUGGAGGCGUCCAAACAUCUAGAGCUGUCAGAAAGGCAGAGGCUGCAUGAUGAACUGGCAGCAGCUGAAGCUAAACUGUCUGAAAGAAUGAGUGAUAUUGAGCACAAGAAGAAGGAGGUUUCCGAACUGCAUUCUGAGCUGGAGAGUGCCAAGAUGACUGCGCAGGCUAAAGAGCAUGAGCUGCACCAGGUGAUGGUACAGAGCCAGCAGCGAGAACAGGAGCUGCAGACUCAGCUUCUGCACUCAGAGAUGCACGAGACACACGAUGAGGGAGAGGAAAACGAGGGAGAUGACACCAGAGAGUAUUGUGCUGCCUUUAAUGUAGAUGAGAAUACAUCGGCCAUGCCCAGACCUGAAGAAUACAGGGAGACCCAACAGAGCAAGAACAAACGCAUCGGUGAACAGCUAGAGUCCUUGAGUAAAAGUCUGGAACCUUUGAAGACGACGAAGCAUCCAGAAGAUAUAGUACACGAGAAUAACAUGCUAAACAAAAGAGAUAAAUACAAAACUCUCCGACAGAUUAGAGAAGGCAACACCAAACAGAGAGUGGAUGAGUUUGAGUCUAUGUAG